AAUUUUUAUGAAACGGAUGUUUGCAGAUAGCAGCUUAUGGGCUGGAAGGAAGAAGUACAGUAUUGCCACAUCUACUACGAACCCCAAACUCUGCACAGUUUGAUAUGGUUCUAGAUCAUUUGGUACUGAACCUCAACACUACUGAUGAUGAAAUACUAAUGGAAGUAAAGGAAACAACAGACAUCAGUGGCUUUAAGAAAGCUCGUUGGGCGAUGGACCUCAUUAUCUUUUCAUCUGAGCCGUUGAACGAAGAAGAAAAGGGUAUUGAAUUCUCCACAGAAAAGUCUCUGGAUGAUGAAAACACACCUGGAGUUUUUCAUCUGGACCAGAUAACCACAAAAUUGGCACGAACAACUAAGCAGGGAGGUUACAUGCAGUGGCGGCCUGUGAGUUACCUUAGUUCAGACCGGGAUAUUAACUUGUCCACUGACCCAAACAUUGAUGGCAACUUUACUUCACUGACGGAAAUCUCUAUUGCCCUGGAAGAGUCUUUGGCCUAUGCAGUGUUUGGGGAUAAAUUGGAAUCAGCAAUGACUGCCCAGACAAAAGUUUCUUUUGGCCAGAAGAAGGACAAAUUUUAUGCUGCAAAUAACUACACCACAUGGACUGUUGGCUUUGGACAUGGAUCGCCACCAAAGGAAACUUUCUCCACGAUGGUGAUCCUUGUCAUAACCCUAGGUUUAAGCAUCCCAGCAUUGAUGUUUCUGAUUGGAUGUGUAGUGAUAGCCAGUCGCAAGUGCCGUAGGUCAACUGAUCAACUUAUUGUUAAUUAAUUUUUCAGAUUUUCCAAACUUUGUAUUUAUAUCAUUGAAUUCACACAGUGUGGUUAUUAUUGAGUUAAGUAUAAUUUUAUGUAUUUUUGUAGAUUUGAAGUAUUUUUCCUGUAAAGUGCCUUGAAGUGGAGAGAAUUCACAGUAUGAUACUCAUAUAAGAUACUCUUGUUAUUCUAACAUUACAGUCGCAUGAGCUCUUUAUUUGCCUCUUGUAGAAAAAAAAUUAUUUGCUUGCAAGAAAAGGUUAUUAAAUUUUUUCAAGCUGAAAAUAAAGAACUCUAUAUUUAUUUUCAUGUGAAGAAAGCACUUCUUCCCUGCCUCCAGCCUUGUUCAUCCAUUUGAAGUGAUUUAAUGUCCAUUCACUGAAUUGAGAGAGGCUUUGUGGAUCAAAAGGAAUUUUGGGAUACGGCUUCAUGUCAAGAGUAUUUAAGCUUAGUUUGGUAAUCAACAUUUCCUAACUUUUUGUACUGGUUUAUAGAAGCCCUCUUGUUUUUUUAAAAUUCAGUGCUGUAUUAAGAAACAUUAGGCUAUUAAACUUCUAUUGCUGUUAAAACCACAAAAGUGUGACCACUUAAGCAUUCCUUUAGUUGUGAGUAAUUUUUUUAUUAAAAGACUAGCUUUAUGAAAUCAAGAAUAAUUUAUUUUUAUAUUAAAUAAUAUUGAAUGUAUGGCUGCUAUCACUAACAUUACAUUGAUUUUUUUUUUUUUUACAAGAGAACAGAUUUUAUGCUUGAUAUCACUAUAAAUGUAAGAUAUCUUUGGUCAGUCAGUUUACAUAAAAUUCCCAGUCUACAGUUGAAGGAAUGAAGGUGGUGGUUAAGUGUAGUGCCAGCCAUGGACCAAAAAAAGGCUUAGUCUACCGUGUGCUGGAUCUGCACUACCCAUAAUGAGGUGGCAGGUCUAUGGAACGCACUCUCAUAUUCACUUUGGUACUUGGGAUUCGACACUGAGUGAAUGCAGCUCCUGCCACAUGUCCUAAAGGUUACUGGUUUGCACCAGGGGCACUCCCAGUACACCCAGCUGUGAAUGAAUACACAACUUUAUAGUUAAGGAAGCAAGGGCAGUUGAGUGUAGUGUUGGCCACACAACCUCCUUUAGAACCAAAGGCUUGGUGUUCAGUGUAUUGUAUCCACACUGCCAUUACUGGAACAUCAAGAUAAUGGGAUCCACUUGAACUCUGACAUAUGACUAUCAUAUUGUAUUUUGUGAUAUACAUGUUUUUCAAACCAAAGUUUAUUAUUUAGGUUUGCACUGUAAAAGAUUCAUGUAGUUAUCUAUAAAGUGAUAUUUUACAAAUAUAUAUCCAGUAUGUAGUACUGUACUGUGUUACUUAGAGAUAUAUAAUUAUACUGUAUAGUGAAGUAGUAAUUUAUCAUGAUGUAAGUUGUGCUAUUUUGAGAGCCUGCUGAAAUGUAUAGACUUGUUCCAAUAAUUUUAAUUGUCAGUAAUCUACAAAUCUUCAAAUGUUGAAGGUUCUUCCUUGACAUUCACAACAAUUAUUGAACAAAGACUGGCCUCUGUAAGUAAACACUUGCAUCACA